UUAUUAUUUUAUUUGCAGCGGUAGUCCUCCAGGACACAGGUGGCGCUGUUGGACGCAUUCUGACCAUUUUAACGACUAAAACUAUCUUCCCCUUUGCUUUCCGGGGGCAGUUAAUGGAGGAUUUAUUUUGGUUUUGUCCUGCGGAGCUUUAGAUCUCGCUUACCCUCCCUAUUGUCAUAACACUUUUAAAGUCUCAUCUCUUGGGUCAUUAAAAACUGCCUGCCGAUGCUGUCGCAGAUGACGAUUUUCCAACAGAACAAGAGUCUCUAAAACUGAAAGGGAGCACAAUGAAUCCACAUGUCUGGGGGUACCCUGUUGAAAGACUGCAGACACACCUGCAACCUGAUCACCAGAGGGUUGCCAGCAGCAGGAUCGAGAGGGUCCCAGUGGGUGCCGGUGACUGGGAAACACGCCCUGUGCACGCUGCUGUUCAGCCUCACGGCGUGGGUGUAGGCUGGAGGCAACCCAGCCCUCCACCCCAGAACUUUCCCCACCCCGAUGGAGACCCAAUAAACUCGGAGGACGACGAUCCUGAGUUGGCAAGAAAGAAGCGAGAGCUUCUGUUGUUACAUGAGCAGAUUCAACAAAAGAAAGCAAACCUCGCCUUCAAAGCAAUUGAACUGAUCAGAAAUCCAUCUGAGACAGAUGAUCCCGAUGAGUUGGAUCCUUGCGAUCCUGAAACGCUUAGAGGCAGAGUGACAGCGAUAUUGCAGCAGCGCUCAUUCAGCUUUUUCUCCAAGGUUAAAUCAUCUAAACUGAGAGCAAGAUCUGUUACCGUGAGAAAAGACGAAGUGAAGCAGCAGCACCAUCCACUGAAGCUCAGAGUGAGGAUGUUAAGAGCGCACAGACUUAUGGACCCCUGCGUUUUACCGCCCCACAAAGAGGAGGUUCCUGACAUUCCUCCACGUCCCACCGCCAGGAGUGUUACUUCACCAGUAAAAGAGGAGAGCAGCGCCGCCAAGGGCUUCGAGCGCUUCAUCAAUGUGCUCAACAGAGGAGCCGACAUCAACCUGAAAAACAUGGUUCCAGGUGUGCCUCUGCCUCCUCCUGAUCCCAGCGUUACUUCACCUGCAAAGCAGGAGGAGAGCCAAAACAACAAGGGAUACGAGCGCUUACUCAGCGCUCUGAAGAAAGCGGCAGCAGCGGCCCCCUACUUGAACGCGAAGGUUCCUGAAGUCCCCCCGCUCCCUCCGGAUCACAUCAAUACUUCCCCUAAAAAGCAGGAGAGCCCCUCAAAUAAGGGAUAUGAGCGCUUACUAAGCGUGCUCAACAAAGGAGCAGCUCCCAACCUGAACACCAAGGUUCCUGAUGUCUCUCCGCCGCCUCCUGACCGCAGCAUCACUUCCCCUGCAAAGCUCAACAAAGGAGCGGCAGCUCCUAACUUGAAGGACACGGUUCCUGUAGUCCCUCUGCAGCCUCCUGACCGCAGCAUUACUACCCCUGCAAAGGAGGAGAGCACCGCUAACAAGGGAUAUGAGCGCUUUCUCAGCUUGCUCAACAAGGGAGCCGCCAUAGACCUGAAGACCAUGAUCUCCGAUGACCCGCUAGCCCCUCCCAACCAGAGCGACCGUCCUGCCGUAAAGAAGGAAGGCAGCGCUAGCAAGGGCUCCAGGGACAAGAACGGUGUUGACAGAGGUUCUGAGGAAAAGAGCAGCGGCAAGAGCAAAGCAGACAGACGUUCCGACAGCGACAAAGGCGUCAGCAGAGGUUCUGACCAUCAAAGCGCCCUCAGCAGAGGUUCUGAAGGCAAAGGCAAAGUUGCUGAGCGUGAAAGCAGCGCUGACCGAGGCUCUGAGACCACCAUGAACAGACGACACGAAGGCAAGAGCAGAGUUUCGGAGCGGGAGAGCAGAGCAAGCAGACUGCCUGAGCUUGAAAACGCUGUCGGCAGAAGUCCUGAACGCGAGACGGGUGUCAGCAAAGGUGCUGAGCCCGAGAGCAGCGCGGACGGAGGUUCUGAGCGCGAGAACAACGGCGUCAGGACCAAGCGGGAUGGCGGCGUCAGAGACACUUUCACAAGUGAGAGCUGCGCUAACAAGGGUUUCGAUCGCUUCCUCAGUCUGCUCAACAGCGGAGUGGACAUCAACAAGCUCAGCAAGAUUGUCAGCAAUGAUGAAAAAUGUCGUCCAAAAACCCCUCCUCCUCGUUCGAAAGAGGAGCCCAAAAGUGAAAGCCAGAAGUCCGACACUGGAUCACCGGCGCCAGGCUCCAGUGGGAUCAGCGGCGUGAGAUCAAAGACCAACUCCGCUAAUCGAGAGCCGUCCCUACCUGAAGGCGAGGAGCUAAAGAGAGCCAAGAGAAAGAGCGGUUUGGACUCCAGCAGCCAAUCAGAGCCGCCCCUCGAAGAGAAGAAGAAGAAAGAGGAGGACGAGACCCUGAAGGUGGAUGAAAAGCAGAAAGAACUACAGAACAUUCUGAAAAGCUUGGGUUUGAAGCUGGAGGUGGACGAGUUGAGAAAAAUAACGGAUCGCACCCUGGAGAGGCUGUACGGAAAGAAGGACGAAGACGGGCCGCCGAGCGAAAGCAGGAGGGAGCAGGAGAGUCCGCCGAAGCUCUCCCGCGAGAAACACAGCAGAUCCAGGCGCUCUUCGUCCUCCUCCUCUUCCUCCUCUUCAUCCUCCUCUUCUUCCUCUAGGUCCUCCUCCAGGAGCCGUAGUCGGACCCCCUCGCGUCGUCGGCGGCGCUCUCGCAGCAGAGAGGCCCGCCGACGUUCUCGCGACCGAGGCAGAGACGGAGCGAGGCGGCAAAGCAGGACCGACACCAGGAAAGAACCGAGGUCCAGUUACAGAAACGAACAAGCUUUUCCUUCUCCCUACCCUUCGUCGUCCUCAUAUGCUGAUUACAGUUUGUACCAGUAUGCCCAGUAUAUAAAUUACUACAACGCCUACAGUGGUGCUGUAGGCGCCAACUGGCCAUUCGCUGCAAAUCAAAGCCACAGGGCUCUUAGUUCUCUCAACCCGCACUCCCUCCAUCCCGAGCAGCUCUCCUUUCAGGAUCUCUGUUCCUUUGUGAAUCCAGACCUGUCUGUGAGCGAAGGCCAGGGCUGGGACCGCUCUGCUCCUAGUUGCCUUAAGGUCAUCGACACCAAACCAUCUUCUGAAAGCAGCGUGACGAGAUCUGAAUCUUACACAAAGCAGCGGAGCCGCAAAAAGAGGAAAUCUAAAACGCCAGAGCGGACGGAGGGGUCUUCACAGAGGAAAACGGAGAGAAGGCCCUCAUCAGCAAAGCCAACGGAGGCAUCUGCUACGGAGACAAAAGCGUCAGUGACGGUUGAUACGGAGACAAAGGUAGCGGAGACGGUUGCUACGGAGACAAGGGUAGCGGAGACGGUUGCUACGAAGACAAAGGCAGCAGAGAUGGCUGCUCUGGAGGCAAAAAUCCCGUUCUACAAGCACUAUACUUCCAAAUCCUCACAAGGUGUUAAAGUUGAUGAGAAAGCUGUGGCAAAAGAGAGCAAAAAGCGGCUUGAAGAGGAAAUAAAAGCGAACUUGAGGGAAAAGCUUUUGGAGUUUAACCGGAAAGCCAGGCUGAUGACGCAGGUACCCAGCGCCACGGUGAGGCAGCCAGCCGACUCCCUGGAUUCUGAGCUCAUUUAAUGGACUGAUGAGAGCUCCUGUGGAUCACACGCCUCCAUGUUGACCUGCAAUUCAAAUUUAGAGAAGCAUUUUUACAUCUCCCUCUUCGAGCUGAAUCAUCCUCUAACUUUGUCACGUAAUUUAUUCCCUCAGAGGAAUUUCAUUUCCCAACCGCUUCCUGGUUUACAUAAUGGUUUUAACUUUAGUUACUACUGUCACCGCUAUUUUCAUCAUUUAACCUUUAUUUAAAGGCUCUGUUGUUGUAGUUUACCUCUGUUUGUAGCCAGGAGUGAUUGUAAGACUCUCUUCUGUUCUCUCUCUGUCUCUCUCUCAGUAAAGGUUUAAGAUUUAAGUUUUGUGGAUGUUUUUCUUAUGCUAGUUUGGAGUGUGUCUGCGGAGGAAAAGUGUCUGCUACAGUAUAAAACACUGAGCUCUGUUCAGCUUUGUCUCUACAGCUGGACAAUAAGGGGAAUAUUUUGAAAAGGGGAGACAUCAUAUAAAGGUUACAUGAAAGACAAAGUUGAUCUUUUUUAGCCCUCCAUUAAAAAAUGUGGCAAAAAUGUAUAACGCCGUCCAUCACUCAGAACACACUGCUACCCAUGGCGAACCGAUGGAUGCAUAAUCCUGUGUUGUUGUUGUUUUGGUUUUUUUUCUUUUUUAGGGAAGCUGGUCAGAGUCGAUAUAAAGAGAAUUUUUUUUCUUUCUAGCUUAACACACAGCCCAAACUACAUUGGAGGUUUCUGCAAAAUGGCCGGAGGUUGUGUUUUGUAUGUUUCUAAUGUUUUUUUUUUUUCCACUGGGACUUUUUGCAUGUAUUUGUUAGUUUUGUUUUUUACUUGGGGAUAGCUGACUGAAGUUGCACUAGGAUGGAUUGGCCAAAGAUUUGCAGCUGUAACUCCAGCAAGAGUUCUCCUGCAAUGCAUUGACUCGGCGGCAAAUACAUAUGCAUGCCACACUUUUCAGAUUUUCUUUUUUUUCUUUGUAAACGAUUUUGAUAUUUUUCCUUGAUCGUUCUUCACUACUUUGUGUUGCUCUUGCCUAAAAUGUGGCAGUAUUGUGGCCAAAUAUCACUAAAUAAUUUUGUGUAUGAA